AUGGCGCUGGCGUUCGACGAUUUCGGACGGCCCUUCAUCAUCCUGAGGGAGCAGGAGAGCAAGUCCCGCCUGCGGGGGCUCGACGCGCACAAGGCCAACGUCGCCGCCGGCAAGGCCGUCGCGCGCAGCCUCCGCACCUCCCUCGGCCCCAAGGGCAUGGACAAGAUUCUCCAGUCCCCCGACGGCGACGUCACCAUCAGUAACUGCUCCACCGCACUCUCUCACUCCCCUCCAAAUGACGGAGCGACGAUCCUGGAGCAAAUGGAUGUUGACAACCAGAUUGCAAAGCUGAUGGUGGAGCUUUCCCGUAGUCAAGACUAUGAAAUUGGGGAUGGUACUACCGGGGUGGUGGUCCUAGCAGGGUCGCUCCUGGAGCAAGCUGAGAAACUGCUAGAGCGUGGUAUUCACCCGAUUAGAAUUGCCGAAGGAUAUGAAAUGGCUUCCAAGAUAGCUUUUGAUCACCUUGAACAUAUCUCCACUAGGUUUGAGUUCACUGCUGCAAAUAUAGAGCCCUUGGUGCAGACCUGCAUGACAACUCUGUCCUCAAAGAUUGUUAACCGUUGUAAGCGGAUGCUUGCUGAGAUUGCUGUCAGGGCAGUCCUUGCUGUUGCUGAUUUGGAAAGGAAGGAUGUAAACUUGGACUUGAUUAAAGUAGAAGGUAAAGUUGGUGGGAAGCUAGAGGACACUGAGCUAAUAUACGGAAUCGCUGUUGACAAAGAUAUGAGCCACCCACAAAUGCCAAAGAGAAUCGAGGAUGCUAAUAUUGCCAUCCUUACCUGCCCAUUUGAGCCCCCAAAGCCCAAGACAAAGCAUAAGGUUGACAUUGACACUGUAGAAAAAUUCCAGACGAUGCGUGGACAAGAGCAGAAAUACUUUGAUGAAAUGGUUCAGAAAUGCAAGGAUGUUGGUGCAACCUUAGUUAUCUGUCAAUGGGGUUUUGAUGAUGAAGCCAAUCAUUUGCUUAUGCAAAGAAAUCUGCCUGCUGUCAGAUGGGUUGGUGGUGUUGAAUUGGAAUUGAUUGCCAUAGCUACAGGGGGGCGUAUUGUUCCAAGAUUCCAAGAGUUGACUCCUGAUAAGCUUGGGCAGGCUGGAUUGGUUAGAGAGAAGUCAUUUGGAACAACAAAGGAUCGAAUGCUUUGCAUUGAGAGGUGUGCAAAUUCCAGAGCUGUAACUAUCUUCAUCCGUGGCGGCAACAAAAUGAUGAUUGAGGAGGCCAAGCGAAGUAUUCACGACGCUCUGUGUGUGGCUAGAAAUCUGAUCCGCAAUAACUCUAUUGUUUAUGGUGGCGGCUCAGCUGAGAUAUCUUGCUCUGUUGCUGUCGAAGCUGCAGCAGAUCGAUAUGCUGGAGCCGAGCAGUAUGCAAUCAGGUCGUUUGCUGAUGCGCUGGAUGGGAUUCCACUAGCCUUGGCUGAAAACAGUGGUUUGCCACCUAUUGAUACGUUGACUGCAGUAAAAUCUCAGCAAAUUCAGGAGAACAAUCCCUACUGUGGCAUCGACUGCAAUGAUGUUGGGACCAACGAUAUGAGAGAACAGCACGUCUUUGAAACCCUGAUUGGCAAGCAACAACAGAUAUUAUUGGCAACACAGGUUGUGAAGAUGAUUCUCAAGAUCGACGAUGUUAUCACGCCGUCAGAGUUCUGA